AUGGUUCUUGGCGACCCGUUUGCCGAGCCGCUCAGCGGGAAGUGGACCCGGAUCUCCGGGGCUGGGCUUGAAGGGGUUAAAGCCGUGCCGUGUGGCGGUGGUUACCUGGCGAUGCUGGAUUCCGCCACCCUGACCUGCGAGCUCCGCGCUCUCCAAGCCCUGAGGGAAUACAGAGACUCCAUCGUUGACUCCGGUUUGCGAGAUGCCCCCCUUCCCUCGCAGCGACUGGGGGUCCUGAAGAACGCGUUGGAGGAGCUUGCUGGUGUCCGAGCUCGCGGCUGGGCGCAUCUCGUUCACACCACACACAACCUGGAGACACAGCGGCAAGCAGCGGGGAGCUUAGCGAGCGACGGCGGAACUGCAGGGGUGAUAGCGUUUGGGAACACAGGGCUGCUAAUACCUGCUCUCAUCGGGAUGGAAAUCCCAGAUCCCGGAGGCUCUGAUCUGGAGGUGCCCAUUCUGGGAGUGGAGAGUGACUGGCAUAGCGGGCAGCUCAUCCCCCUGGCUGGCACGAUGGAAGAUCCUGAUGGCAAAGGGCUGAUCCCAAUCAUGUUUGGUGCCAGAUGCGUUGACCCCGUGACAGGUGAGAUCGCCCCUGUUGUUGGUGCUCGUGUAGACCCACGGAGCAGAAUUGUACUCCCUGUCACCCAGAGACUGGGUUACACGAGACAAGAGGCAGCGAUAGAAAUGUUUGACGGCUGUGAUGAGGAGCUGAGGACUCGUCGCGUGUACUGGCAACAGCAGCGACACAGAGAAGGAGCUCUCGCCGUUGAUGUCAUAGCUUUGCUGAGGCGGGUGCUUGACCCCGGAGCCGAGAACGCACUCGAGAAGGUUGAAGAGCGGGCGAGAGAUCUGGAAGAUGACAUCGUUUCUCUUCGGCAGUCUGUCGGGGCGGAGGCUCAGCUCAGAUACACGGAGGAACCAUACUCCGCCACCUACGAUGUCCCGGCCGACAUCGUACGUCUAGUUUCUCAAGGAGCCAGAGAGGAGAUGGAGUGGGAGCUGAGGUGGCUGACUGAGACACAGGAGAUACUGGACACCGUGACACAGUUUACCCACAGGGUGAGGCAGGAACUGGGGCAGCACAUAUGCCGAGUUCGAGAGGGUGUGAGUCCUCGGGAAAGAGAUUCCUCCACACUGAGGUAUCAGCAGGUGAAAACCCACCUGAUGCAAGAGUUACAGAGAAACCUGAUGAGCAGGCAGACGGAGAUGGACUUGACAUACAGCAGAUUGGAACAUGCCCGAGCUCUGUCGGAACUGUACAUGCUCGAAGCGAGGGUAUAAGCACUAGAAAGGUCCCAGUAUCAUGCGGGCGUUAGCCUGGCUCAGUGAUUCCUGUCUCUGAGUUAGAAGGUGGUCGCUUCAAGACUCACCUUGGGACUGGGUACCAACAUACUCCAGGUUGACAUUCCAAUUACAG